ACAUUCUCCUUAAAAGACAAGGAACUUUGGAUUGUUAUCUCACUUCCAUCUAAGAAGAAAAAAUCAUCCUCUUCUUCCACUCUAAUAAGUAUGCCUACACGUAGAGAUUUCAUUGGCUGCCAGUCUUCUGCACAGGGAUCAGACGCAAGGGUGGGAAGGAAAAAAGAUGUAGUAAUUGCAUCUCACCAAGGAGACACCUCAAUGGAAAGUUGGACCAAGUGGGGAUAAGACUUUGUGUAAUGCUUGUGGGAUCAGAUAAAAAGAAACAGAAAGAUUUGUCAGAUGCCGAAGGUGCUGAGGACGACAUAGAAUCUGUGAAUGACUAUUUACUUACUCUUCUAGAGGAUGGUGGAAUGCAAGCUAAGGCAGAAUUAUAUAAACAUAAUGAUGAAUUAGCUAAACAGCCAGAACACAUGGAUAAGAAGCUCGAAGAACUUCUUGAUAUUGUAGUGUCCAAGUGCAGACAAAUAAACAUUUUCGAGAAGCAACAACUUCGGUAUCUGAUUCAGACUCUGUCCCCAAAAAAUCAAGAUCGAGUUGUACAAAUUAUCAAAUGUGGAAAGCUACCAAAAGGUGGACAAUCGUUCUACGAGCUGAACAUUGGUCUGGAUAAAGAAGGAUAAUGGAACACUUUGGAGAUUGUGCUAUUACGUGCGAGCAGCUGAAAAUGAUAAACGACUUUCAUUAGCGGAACUGCAUUAAGGAAAGGUCGUGGUGAUAAACUAAGAUAAUGGAAGCCAUAUCAAAGGGAGGUGGACAAACACGUGAGCAUGUCCUCUUAGUCCUAGCCAUAACAUUUGGUGUCCUUAAGUUACAUAUUUUUGUCAACAAAAUGGAUGAUCCAAUUGUCGAAUGGUCUAUUGAUAGGUGCUUACACUGUGCUUCAACUUGUUUUUCAUUUCUUAUGUUUCUCUUCUUUCCAGUUUAUCAAUAUUUUUCUUACAAGAAGCUAGACGAAGGUUGGUUAGGCAAUGGAGAUAAAGUUUCUGCACCGGAGUUUGCAAAGGUGAAUUUCUUUUCAGAAGAUCAUAAGAGAUGCUUUUUUGUUUAUAUAUUUUAUUAAGUUUUCAGAACUCUCCAUGAAAAAUUAAAUGUUUUCUUAUGUCGACAUGUGAUACAUUUUAUAAUCUAUUUCGUAGUGAUUUGGUAGAUCAUCCACCCAAUAUUUGGUGAACAAGUUGAAUUAGGAAAAUUGAAAAUAGUCCUCUUAUUCUACCUUGGAUUGGAAUUCUUCUUUGACCAUUUUAUUUCAUUCUAUUUGAAGUCCACCAAAGAUUUUAAUUGUGUUACUUACAUAGAGUAACUAAAUUUCUGACAUUUGGUGACCAAGAUAAAGCAUAAAUAUAGGGUCUGGAUUGUAUUUAAUAGGAUACAAAAUGAAGAGAUGCUAAUGCCCAUGUUUUUAAAACAACAUCCAUGAUUCCAUAUACUCUCUGUUUUUUUUUCCAUUUCUUUAACAUAUACCUUAUAAAGAAUUACCGUUAGCUCUUAUAUGCGUUAUCAGCUUGUCACCGUACGUUAAUUCCGGGUAGAAUGGUGAGCUACCCAACCUCCCACCAAUAGA